ACCGCCGGUUGAUGCAGCAGUACUCAAAGAGUUAACUGCUCGGUCGGAGUCAUGACAUCAUGUGGGACAAUCACAUGCUUCCCGGCUUUGAGUGGCAGCUGCACUGGAAAAAAAACACAUGAACAGACCGAAGGCAUUAUGGAUGUCUUUCGUGGAGAGUGAGACUAAGGAAAAAAGGGACAGUAUAUGACGUAUUAAGAUGAGGGACUUAUUAAUAUGAACCGAAUUCCUUCCCGAGCGAGCCGACUACCGGACAAGCAUGAGGCGAGAAGUCCAUGGAAAAGUGAAGCUGAUCGCGCUUGAGGGCUUUUGCAUGUUUUUGAAUAGGUGGCUAUAAGCUCGCUAGCUAGUUAGGAAAUGGUACGCAAAACACCUUCUUUAAAUAUGACUUUUUUGUCAUAUUCUUUGCUAUAACGGAGUAGCCUAUAACCCGCACACAGUGUCCUCGUGUUACCUUUUAACAGUGGACGAAUAAGAUUUUUUGGGAAGAGUGACCGAAAUCAAUUAUUUUAGCUGCAAUUUGCAUUUUAUUAUAUGUAUUUUGAUUUUAUUAAUGCAUUUUCUUGAAGACUGCUUAGAUCACAAAUAGAAGUUUUUGACCUGAUGUAUUUGUAUCAACCCGAAGGACUGACUGGGAAUCGACUGGAAACGGCAAGCUAGCCUUGAAACCCGUUGCUUGUCAGCGAUGUUUGAGAGAUAGGCUACUUAGUUUCAUUUUACAGUAAGCUAUUAGGCUAUAUUAACAAUGAGAUCUUCUUUGGCUCCGGGAAUUAAAUUUAUCACCUCUUUUCCCAGGGACAGCUGGUAUCGAGGCUUCAUCCUUUUCCUUACCUUCCUCUUCUAUACCGCCUAUCAUAUGUCCCGCAAACCCAUCAGCAUUGUCAAGAGCGAGCUUCACAGAAACUGUUCCACUGUGAUACGGCCAGCCCACCUCAACGUGACCGACAAUGACACUUGGUGUGACUGGGCCCCGUUUGACCAGGACAACUACAAGACGCUGUAUGGCGUCAUGGAUAACUCCUUCCUGGUGGCCUACGCCAUCGGCAUGUUUAUCAGUGGGAUAUUCGGGGAGCGGUUGCCCCUCCGUUACUACCUCUCUUGUGGGAUGCUCCUCAGCGGUUUGUUCACUGCCCUGUUUGGGCUGGGGUUCUACUGGGACAUCCACUCCGUCUGGUACUACGGUUUUGUCCAGGCGAUGAACGGGCUUGUUCAGACCACGGGCUGGCCGUCGGUGGUGACGUGCGUCGGGAACUGGUUCGGGAAGGGGAAGCGCGGGCUGAUCAUGGGGGUGUGGAACUCUCACACCUCCAUGGGGAACAUCCUGGGCUCCCUGAUCGCGGGGGUGUUCGUGUCCUCGGCGUGGGGCAUGUCCUUCAUUGUGCCCGGGAUCGUCAUCGCCUGCAUGGGGGUCGUCUGCUUCUUCUUCCUGGUGGAAAAGCCUGAAGAUGUGAACUGCAGUCUUCCCCAGCACCAUGAGGGUGACGAGGAGGAGCCCCUCCUUCGGAACUCGUCCAGCGCGGAGGAGAUCUUCAGCAGCCCUGGGUCCUCGACCCCACAACCUGCUGGGGAGCAGCCAGGGGCGAUUAGCUUUACUGGGGCCCUCCGAAUUCCGGGUGUUUUGGAGUUCUCCUUUUGUUUACUCUUUGCCAAGCUGGUGAGCUACACAUUCCUGUACUGGCUGCCUCUGUAUAUCGCUAAUGUUGCCCACUUUGAAUCGAAGGCGGCCGGUGACAUGUCGACGCUAUUUGACGUCGGAGGCAUUGUGGGUGGCAUCAUGGCUGGAGUGGUGUCGGACUACACCGGCGGCAGAGCCACCACCUGCUUCGUCAUGCUGACCGUGGCUGCGCCCAUGCUGUUCCUGUACAAUCAUGUGGGAGAGAACGGCCUGGGCACCACCAUCGGUAUGCUACUCUUGUGUGGAGCUCUGGUCAACGGCCCCUAUGCCCUGAUCACUACCGCCGUCUCCGCUGACCUGGGAACUCACGAGAGCCUCCAAGGGAACUCCAAGGCGUUGUCAACGGUAACCGCCAUUAUUGAUGGGACUGGGUCAAUAGGUGCUGCUCUUGGUCCUCUGCUGGCUGGCUUGAUUUCUCCAACUGGCUGGAAUAAUGUCUUUUAUAUGCUUAUCACAGCAGACAUACUGGCCUGUUUGCUGCUGUCCAGACUGGUGUUCAAGGAGGUGAGGGGCUGGUGCUGCCGGGGUGGAAGACACAGAGGAUUCAAAGAAAUCUGAAGUCCCUAACAGACCCCGAAGACUGCGUCCCUGUGUGCAGAGAACCAGCGUAAUCAUAUGGGGGGGGGAGGGAGGGGGGUGGGGGGGGGGGGGGCCCAGACACCGAUGUUCUGCGGUGAAUGGGCAGGAAAGAGAAAAGCGAAUAACAAUAGUCCGACUUUCAUCCUUGGCGUCGGCCGAGGCGCGAGAACAAAACAUCAAUGAUGCGGCGCGGAGACGGACGCAGAUUAAAGGAGCGCUGAAGGACCACGGGGCCGGAGCCGGGGAGGGGGGGGCUGGGUGGCCCCCCGGCAACCUCAGCACACCCGCUAAUUACCGUGUACUGUUUUAUUUAAUUAUUUUAGUAUACUGACUAAUGCCUUUCUUUGUCAUCUCCCGUUUGUUCCGUCUUUUAUCAUUAAAAUUGCUCUCGGCUCUCAGGCCUAUUUCGUUGGCAUUCGUAUGUGGCCCCUCGUCUCCACGGUUACCUGAUUGUUACCCAGAUGUUCCUGUUGUUGUUGACGAUGUUUUUUUUAACACUUUUUUUCUGUUCUGUUUUCAUGACGGUUUGCGAUGCGAUGAAUGGCCUUAUUUGCAUUUGCUCUAAUGAGCGUUGGGGCCUCCACACGCAGCGCACAGAGCGCUACACAAAACUUUGCCCUUAACCACUGACACCCCCCCCCCCCCCCUUCCUCCCUUGCGGUUAUGUUAUGUUGUUCUUGGAGGUUGAUGCGCUUUUCGAGGAGCUUUAAUCUCCAGAUUCACCUGUUCAUGUGCUGACCUUACCACGUGGCGCAGAGCGGGUGCAGUCGCCACGGCGAAGAGUAGCGUCCGCACCUCUGAGCACGUGACCGUACGUUAGGGACCCGCGCGCCACCUCGCACCUCUGCGAAAUGAAGCCGUUUGUCACCUCUUCUCACCCUGCCCCCCCCCUCCCCCAGGCGGUUAAUUAGCACAUUCUGCGUGUGGUAGCGGAGACGCCCGGCGUGGGGGGCAGGCUCGCUCUUGUUUUGACAGCUGAUUACAACGCUUAAGGUGCACGGCGCGGGGGAGGGCGUGCACGUCAGCCAGCACACGCACGGCCAGGGAACUAGGUCACGGUUCUGCUACAAGCAGCGUCGACGGCCGAAACAUUCCUACAUGUGUAGUGCAUUUAUAGUGCGCUACGUAAUAAUCAGACAGCAAGGGGACGCAGGCGUGUGAAUUUCAUAUCACUGAAAGUCUGGUCAUGUGACUGGACAGGUGUAAGAUUACAAGAAGAGGAAAACAAUCAAAGCUGGAAAAUCCAUAAAUCACUGAAAUUAUUGAUUAAAUUAUUCUUUAUUGUUUUUUUUGGGGUUUUUUUAGGCCUUGCCCAGCAUUAUUUGGUGCUGGAAACAACAUUGUGGCUGUCUUUCAGGGAUGAUUCAGGGCUCCCUUCCACUAUGGAAAAAUGUAUGGUGCAACUCUAUCACAGGAAAAGGCUAGGCUGUCGCAUGUUAGCAUUUCAGCAAAGCUCAUUUUGAACAGACCCUUAGACUAGGCUGAAGUCUCUUCAUAACCAAAGUAUUUAUGUGGUGUGACGUUUCCCUUUAACCUAUUUAUACCUAUGUGGCAAUAGAACCUAGUUGGCUUUGGUUUGUAGAAAAAUUGAUAACUUUUUGAGCUUCUUACAAUUGAAGACUUGCCAUCGCCACCGUUAAUAUAUUUUCCCAUUUUAGAAUAUAUUAUCGCUUUGGAGCGAGUGCAACUGUGGUGAUUCUAACUAAGAAAAUGUGCGGUAUCCCCCCCAUUGCAUCGUUGUUCGCUCAAGACAGUCAAUAUAUGGCAAGCAAUGGCAGCUUAAUAUUUUGUAUUAUGUCACAACAAGGCAGCACGUGGUUCAAGUCUGCGUUGUCUUAACAGGCUUUAUUUUUUAAUAGUCACUUGGUUUUCUUGACAAAUCACUACUACUCAUUAAGUCAAUAGCAGAUUAAAUUUUUGCCAAACACGGCAGAAAGGCAGACUUUGUUUACCCUGUGACCUCAUAUUGACGUUGUGUCGUCCUUUCACUCAGCAUGUGUCAGUUGCAGGCAUAUUUUACAGCUGUAAUUUAAAUAAUUUUGAAUGGCUGUGGGUCGGUGUGGAAGCCUGUUUUGUUUCUCUAGGGCAGAGAACCAAGCCAGCGUGCACCUCCCAGCUCAGCUUUAGAAAGAGACAGAUUAACAAAAAACGGUUUUAUCUGCUCGAGUUCAACAGCUGGGACGUAGAUUCUUCAGACCAGAGAAAACAAAGUGUUUUUUUUUCCACAGUUGGCUGUUUUGACAGGCUGUACGGAAAAACAAACCCGUGCUUUCCCACAAACGAGGGUAUCCUUGAGGAGUUCACAAAUUCCCAAACAUGUCAUUUUAAAACAAAUAAAGGGCUUUUAUGACUGA